AAGUUUGCGAGCGCUACUCCACAUAGGUCAAUUGCGCUACAGUAAUCUUACAUGCAACCAACUCUUAUCACCAGGCGAAGAUGUCUCGUCUCUUGCGAGCGCGGGGCUUGCUUCAUCACUCGCUCAACGGCCAUGCCUUCCGCAACUUCAGUGCUGCGGCACAGCGAGCACACCAGGAGCCAUUGCAAACAACAGGCGAUGCUGUCGGUGUGCUGGACGCCUACCAACGGCUCCUGGAUGCCGGAACGCUCUGGCCGGACGCGAGCCAGCGGGCGGCAGCGAAGGCGCUACAGCAGCUGCAAGACGCAGUGCUGAAGCGGGAGGCAGCCCUCGUCGGCGGUGAGCGGGGCUCCAGCCCGUUGCCGCCGCUACCACCUGCAGCACCCACCGGCGCAGCCGCCGACCCUGACAGCCGCUCCCCGCUGGCCCCAGCCGCGCCACCGCACUCCGCUGCAGUUGCUGCCGCGGCCGCAGCCGCAGCCGGCAGCGCCGCUGGGCCACUGGGAGCCUACCUGUGGGGCCCGGUGGGCUCCGGUAAGACUGCACUGAUGGACCUGUUCUACCGGACCACACGCCGCCGCCUGCAGCAGCUGCAGGCGGAGCUGCAGGCGCACGGGCGACAGGGGCGACAGGGGGGUGCGAGGGGGCAGCAGGGCGAGGGAGAGCGUGCGGGCCCGGGUCCGGGCACGGUGCGUGACGCCGCGCGCGUGCACUUUCACGAGUUCAUGCAGGGUGUGCACGGCCGGCUGCACGAGCUGCAGCUGGCGCGGCCGCGGGUGGUGGCGCGCAGCCGGCAGGGCCUGCUGGUGUACAGGUACGCUGAGCCGGAGGAGGACCCGCUGGUGACGGUGGCUGGCGAGGUGGCGCGCCGCAGCGCCGUGCUGUGCCUGGACGAGCUGCACGUGACGGAUGUGGCGGACGCCAUGAUACUGGCGCGCCUGUUUGGCUCGCUCCUGGACGGCGGCCUUGGAGGGGAGGUCCCGGGCGUUGGCGGCGGCGGCGGCGGUGUUGUUGGCGGCGGCGGCUGUGGGCUGGUGUUCACCUCCAACCGGCGGCCCUCGGACCUGUACCGCGGCGGCCUCAGUCGGCAGUACUUCGCGCCCUUCGUACACCUGGUGGACAGCCGGCUGCUGGUGGCCAAUGUGGCAGCGGAGGUGGACUACCGGCGGGCGGCUGCCGCGGCGGCGGCGGCGGCAGCGGCGGCGGCGGCGGCAGCGGCGGCGGCGGCGGGGCAGGGGCCAGGAGCGGGCGCAGGGGCCGGUGAGGGAGCGGGAGCGGGAGCCACAGGCAAGGCGGCAGCGCCACAGGCGGCUGAGGCGCCCAGCGAGCCGCCGCCCGACCCAGAUGCGCCCAUCAUGGUGGGCUCUCUGCCGCUCGGGGACUGGAGCGUGGGCCCCGGCGCCGACGAAGCGCUGCGCACCGCCUGGCAGCGGCACCUGGAGGCGGCGGGCAGGCACGGCGGCGGCGGCGGCGUCAGCCGAACUGGCGCCAGCCGAGUCAUCCGGGGCGGCGGCGGCGGCGGCGGCGGCAGCAGCAGCAGCAGCCCGGGCGGCGGGGCUCCGGGGGAGAUGGAUGACGACACGGGCAACAGCUCCAUUGCCGAGGUGCCGCUCGCCUACGGCCGCUGGCUCAAGGUGCCCAACACGUGCGGCAGCGCGGCCUUCUUCUCGUUCAGCCAGCUGUGCGGCGCCUCCGGGCUCAAGGCGGGUGUGGACGACGGCGGCGCACUGGCCGCACCCGACUACCUGGCGCUGUGCCGCCACUUCAAUGAGCUGUACAUAACGGAUGUGCCACAGCUGGGUCUGACGCAGCGCGAUGAGGCGCGGCGGCUGGUCACACUUCUGGACGUGGCCUACGACAUGAAGUGUCGGCUGCUGGUGUCCGCCGCUGUGCCGCCCGACCAGCUGUUCGCGCCGCUGCUGGAGGAGGCCAGGAGGCUGGGCAUCAACCCGCGCCUGGGUCUGGGCGCGGGCCACCCAGCACCACACCGCGCCAACCACCCGGCCGCACACCACAACCGCGCGCCGCCCACACCCGCCGCCGCGGCUACCGCGCCGGCCGCCGGCAGCUCUGCUGCGGGCACCGACACCGCCACCACAAGUGGAGGUGGCAGUGGAGGCGGUGGCGGUGGCGGCAGCCUAAGCAGCGCCGGCGGCGGCGGGGCAUGGGCGGGGCAGCGGACGUCGUCGCCGGCGCGGCCGGGUGACCUGGUGGUUCCCAAGGCGGUGUGGGCGGAGGAAGUGCUGAUGUAUCACCGGGCCGUGUCGCGACUGGCUGAGAUGUGCCGCCUGGUGGACACACGGCCCGUAGAAGCCGACACGGAGGCGGCGACUGUUGCGGAGGCGCCGUAGCUAGCAGCAGAGCGGUGGGGGCAGCAAGGCGUGUGUGUGUCCGGGGGCGUGCCGGACAAAGUUGCGUUGGUGGGCAUGCAUGCAGGAUGUAGAUGUAAGGUAGAGGCGGCCGGGUAGACGCAUUAUGGCUGUUCAGAGAGCAAACUUCUGGUCGCGGGAUUGGGUUGGGGGCGAAAGCAAUCUCGUGAUGGAACAUGGCAAGGGGCAGGAAAGCGUAGUCCCGAUGUGUGUGGCUCCCACCCGUGCCCACAUAAAUGCGUAGCGAGAAGGGACAAGGCAUUGGUGCGUCGUUCGCGCGCUGUUACUGUACCGACGGUAGCUGGCAGGUUGUGUCGAAAGCAAUCUGUAAAUAAUUCAUCAA